ACCACCCCUCACAUUUAUUUCUCAAAGUUGCUUCCAUCAGCCAAUGGAAGAUAAAACCCUGUAAUAUUCUCAUGUGGCUUCACUGAAUGUGGUUCUUCUUGUGAUAGAAUAAACAAAAUCUCAGUCCUGUCGCACCACCUGUGUGAACAAAAGUGGACAACCUGCAUACUCUCCGCAGUUUGCAUCAGUUAUACUGUGACUGCGUUUGGUACAUGUUCUCCCCACCUGUUGGCUUCUGUGCCACCGAUGAUGGCUUCUGGCAUGCAGUCUGCUCCACUCAGCCUCUCCUUUCCUCUCAGCAAGCAGCCCUUAUGUGCAGAAUGUGGAAUAAAGUGGUUACAAACAGUAACCUAUUCCUAUUCGGUAACAGGAUCAUCUUCCAGAUGCAUCGAUGUGGUCCUUGGGCAAGACCUGCAGCCGCUGCCUCCUGGUGUCCAGCGGUGUUCUUUGCCCAGAGGGCUGCUCCAGCCCGAUGUCUCUCCACCUGGCCAGGGAGAAGAUUCCGUCGACGGGGGGGACAGCCGCAUUGUGGGGGGCAGUCCCGCAACGUCCGGAGGCAGUUCUCCGACAGACCGCCCCACUUCACAAGGGGACAGUGCAUUCCAGUAUGGAAAACCAGGCAGGCCAGGACAACACGGCAAACCAGAGGAGGCUGUAUAUGGGGGGCGGCCUGUUCAGUAUGGAAGACCUAAAGACCCUGGCCCAUAUGGGAGCAGGCCUCAGUAUGGUCCUGGCCCCGUACAAUAUGGCCGACCAGGAAGUUCUGUUCCGUAUGGGGCUGACCAAUAUGGUGGCGGCCCCUACGAUGGGUCAAAUACUGGUUACGGCAUCAGGGUUAACCCCCCUCGGGUAGAAUGGAAGAACCCGGGUAUCCCCUAUAUCCCAUCUCCUCAGGAGCUGGGUGGUGGCUACAUCCCGUUACCAAAGAGGUCCCCUCAGUAUAAUCCCAAUGGACCAUAUGCAGUUCCGUACGGAGGUGGUGGUCGUCAGUACCCUUCAGCCUAUGGUGGGGAGUCUGCGGAAUCAGGCCCCAGAGGCAGAUAUGAUGGCAGCUACGGUCCCAUCCCAGAAAGCUUGCAACCUGGUGGUGGACAACGUGGCAGAUACAGCAAGGAUCAAGAUCCCCCUUGCAUUCCAAACUGUUAAGUGGGGGGGGGGCAGAUUGGCCUAGAUCAGGGUAAGCAGGCUGGGAGAUGCUGGCACUUGUGGUCUAAAAAGGAAACUUUUUCUGAUCCCUGGCUGGGAGC